AACAGUGAACUCGUCCAAAUCAAUUCACGUGGAACACAACUCACCAAAGCAGUCGUUACGUGAAAACUCAGAAGACAGAAGAUUUAGGUGUAAGUAUUAGUAGAAGAGUCAACAAUGGUUGUGACAACAGACAUAUUUCUGAAGGAAGACCUUCAUAAACUCCUGAAGAAUCGCUUCAUCGUUGUCAUAGGAGACUCAAAUCAGAGAGCUAUAUACAAAGACUUGGUACUUCUGUUACAGAAGAAUGAUUAUAUCACAUCCAGACAGCUAAGAACCAAGGGAGAAUUUUGCUUUGAGAAUGAUGAGUUGAUUGAAGGUGGUAGGAGGUCGAACAUGAACAAUGGUACAGGAUACCGCGAGGUUCGACAGUACCAGACCGACUGCCACCUACUGAGGUUCUACUUCGUCACCCGCUGCUACGGAACGUACAUGGAAUCCAUACUAACAGAUCUGUCCGGUGAACUGUCCCCAGAUGUUGUCAUCAUGAACUCUUGUCUCUGGGACAUUAGCAGAUAUGGGUCAAAUGGAGUGGAUGAAUACAAGGAGAACCUGAACAAGCUGUUUGACCGCUUUAAGCAGUGUCUGCCUGAGGACUCGCUGGUCAUCUGGAACACCACCUUACCCGUCGCCAAGGACAUGAGGGGCGGUUUCCUGGUCCCUAAGGUAGAGUUCAUGAAAAGCACUCUUAGACUGGACAUCCUGGAAGCCAACUUCUUUGCCAAGCAGGUUGUAGCCUCUCACGGAUUUGACAUUCUUGAUCUACAUUACCACUUGAGAAAUCGUCUGGACUUGAGAGCUCAGGACGGUGUACACUGGGACCAGAAGGCUCAUCGCCACAUCACCAACCUGCUGCUCACCCACAUUGCUGAUGCGUGGAGCGAGAAAAUGCCAGGCAGAAACAAACCAAAAACAGAUGUCAAUGGAAACUGCCAAACCACGCCUGUUGUGACAGAACCUUCUAUAAAGGAGGUCCAAAGAACCGUGAGUUUGAAGUCUCCUGUGAGCCAGAACAAGGAAAACGUAAAAGAGAAUGCUGAGACAGCCAGGACGAUUGUCAACACCCGCAGACUGUCAGGUGGAAGUGUCAAUCUGAACAGGCAGAGGAAGUCUGUAGACCCAACUAAGCCUGUCACAAUGGGGGAGAAGGAACAACUGGAAAUAUUCAGUGUAUCCAAUGCCUCAACUCCAAACUCCAGGCGGCGAUCAUUUGACAAACUCCAGGCAGAUCUGAACAAGGUUCAGAGAGAGAUACUGGGCAUGGUUAGUACUCCACCUUCCUCCAAGGGACAUUACUCCAACCCCCCACUUAGAGAGAGGGCACCUUACACAAACUCCUACCAGCCUUCUCAGUGCUAUACGGACAACAACCAGGGCUCAUCGGGUAGCUAUACAAACAACCUCUCCUAUGACCUGUAUCAGACCCAGUACCAGUCUGCCUCUUACAGCCAGUCUUAUAACCAGAACAUGAACAACAUGCGGAAUAACUACAUGAGCAACUUUCAGAAUAACUUCAUCAACAACUUUCAGAAUAAUUUCAUGAACAACCUUGUGAACAACUACAGCACUGGUGAUUUCCAGUGGCAGCCCUAUGCCCAAGACAAUUAUCAAGGAGCCAACAAAGUUUGGAGCACCAGGAGCCACUACAGACACAAUCAGCCCCAGAACCCGAGCUACUACAGGAUGUCACACAAUUACUGAACCUAGACACAACCCACAGAACCCAAACUACAGGAUGAUGUUUCAAAAUUCAGGAUGUUUCAAAAUUAUUGAACUCAGACACAAACCACAGAACCAAAACUACUACAGGUUGUUUAAAAAUUACUGAACUCAGACACAAUCCACAUAAAUGGAAAUACAGGAUGUCCUACAUUUAAUGUGCCCAGACACAACUCUCAAAACCAGAACUAGCUACUACAGACAUCCCACAUUUACUAAACCCAACCCAACCCACUGAAGCAAGCCUAUAGGAUGUCUCAUAAUUAUAUCAUGUAUACACUUAUUUACGGAAAUCUACAGGGACUCUCACAAUUAUCUUACCCAGUGUUGUCUUUCAUUAUGUUGUUCUCAUGUAAAGAAAACUCCUAUCAGACUCUGAGUAGAAGUCAACUUACUGGUCUUGGCUCAUCUGGAUACUACUGUAUAAUAGAACAAGUCGGUACUAGGAAUGUGCUUUUUGUGUUGUCUAAAAGGAUAUGGAAAUAUUUGUACAUUUUUCCGCCAAAGCCUUGGUUUUGCACAACAUUGCUUUGGUCUUAUGAUCAGUGCAAAGAUUAAAUGAUGCUAUGUAUCACAAUGGAUAUAAAAUAUCCACCAAGAUACAAUACUAAGAAACUGUUUUGCUUGUGUAAAAUAUUUAAAACUGUAAUGCCACAAUUUGAAAUGUGGCCCAUUUUCUGUGUGUCUGUUUGUGCGUGUGUGUGAAUGUAUAUAAUCAUGUGUAUUGUACCAAGAAGAAGAUUGGACAGAUCAUAAAUGUUGACCUUGAAUCAUGCAGAAUUGAUAGAGAUCUGUUUGUAGAAAGUGUGUCUGAAGAAUGCGAGGGAAUAAAAAUCAUAUUUGACAUUAAAACUGAUUGUUAGAAGCAGGACCCUGAGGAUAAAGUGUAGUUUGUUGUUGCUAUUGACUACGUGACUGACUAUCUGGUGACUCUUAGACGGGACCUGUCAAGAACUUACUACACUUGAUAUCCAAUUUCUAGUGCUUAGAACUGCUUUUAGCCUGAUUUUAAACAAUAUGAUAUUUAUUUUCAUAAUUAGACUAGUGCUUGAUACCUUUAUGCUUUUAAUUUAUGUUCCUUUUCAGGGAUAUUUUAUGUAUUACAUGUAUUUACAAUGUCUUUUUAAUAAAAAUAUAAAAAAUA